AUGUCCGAAAACACAUCACAAGAAUUAAAAGAUGAAUUAUCAUCUAUUCAAGAAAAUUCCAUCAAUUAUUCCAUAUUAACAUCGGAUCAAGAUUUUCAUAAUGCUAAUAUUAAACUUAAUAAUCCCAAGUUAAUUAAAGAUGAAUUAUUACAUUAUCAAAACAUUUUUUCUAAAUUGAAAUUUUUAUAUUUAGAACAAGAAACUAGAGAUAUUUUUUUAAGAGAAAUAUCAGAAAUUAAUUAUAAAUUACCACCAAAAGAAUCUAAUUUCAUUAAUGAAAUUGAAUUCGAAUCAUUUAAUCAAGAAACUCAAAUCAGUAAACAACGAUUGAAAAAAAAUAAACAAACAAUGUAUAAUAAAAUAUCACAAUUAGAACUCAUCACCAAUGAUACUGAUUUAUUAUAUACUAAUUAUAGUAAUCGAUCAAGACAAAUUCAACAAUUAUUAAAUGAUGAAAUAAAUUCAUUAGAAUUGAAAAUUAAUGAUGAAUUAAUGAUGCAAAAUGAUAAUCAAACCAUAAUGGAAUAUAUGAUGGAUUCUCGUCCUUCAUCAUCAGUUAGUGAAAUGAUUUCACUACUGCAAAACAACGAAAACCACAACCAUAACCACAACAAUCAAGAUCAAGUUAAUGAUAACGAUAUUUUGAAGAAAAAUGCUAUUGAUAAAUUACAUGAAAUAAAUAAUGAUAUAAAUGAAAUCACCAAACAAUAUGAAAAUAAUUUAUAUCAAAUUGAAAUCAUCACCAAGAAAUUAAAUGAUUUAAAUGAUAUUUUAAAAAAUUUGAAACCUAGAGAAUAUAAAGAUGAUAAAUUACAAAAAUAUACUAAAUGGAGUACAGAAAUGAAUGAAAUAUUGACAAAAUUAAGUAUUAUUAAUAAAGUUGAAUUGAACAAAGAAGCAGGAACCACAUCAGGGAAUGAAUAUCGUUUAAGUAUAAGUUAUGGUGAUAGUAGUACAAACAAUUUAAUUAUUAAAUAUCAUGAAGGAGAUUGGAAAAUUGUUUCAUUACAAGGAUAUAAAGAUAAUAAUAAUAACAAUAAACUUAUAUCAAAGAUAAAUUCAUUAGGGAAUCAAAAAGAUUUUUUUAAAGCAAUUGCACAAUUUAUUGUGGAGUUAACUAAGUGA